AUGACGGGCGACGACAGCACCACCGGCAAGGCCGCUCCGGCCGCCGCGGGCGGGGACGACCAGGUGCCGCAGGGCGGGCCGGCCCAACAGGAGAUGUUCCCGCUCACGGACGUGUCGCGCGAGGGCGGCAUCGAGGCAUUGCUGGACAGUCAGAUGUUGGAGGUCGAUGACCGUCUUUGGGAUGGAGACUCUGCUGUCGGUGGUCUGACGAACGUCCUCUAUGAGCACAUCCAAGAGAACGGCCGGACGUAUCACCGCUACAAAGAAGGCAAGUAUCCACUGCCGAACGAUGAGCUCGAGCAAGACCGAUUAGACUUUCAACACAAGCUGUAUCGUCUGAGUCUUGACAACAGGCUCUAUGCUGCUCCAAUAGGAGACAACCCAAGGAACGUGUUAGACGUAGCGACUGGAACAGGCAUAUGGGCCAUCGAAUUUGCUCAGGAGCAUCCAGGCUCGCACGUUGUCGGAACAGACCUCUCGCCUAUCCAGCCGACAUGCAGCGCCCCCUCCAACGUGACCUUCGAGAUCUGCGACGCAGAGGACGAGUGGUCCUUCCCGCAAAAGUUCGACUUCGUCCACAUGCGCGCCGUCGUCACCUGCUUCCGCGACCCCAAGGCCGUCUUCGCGCAGGCCCGCGACGCCCUGCAGCCGGGCGGCUACCUCCAGCUGCGGGACCCCAUCAUGCCCUUCAAGUUCCACACGCCCCCGCCCGAGGACUGCGCCCUCGUGCGCUGGAACGGCCUCUUGCGCGAGGCGACGGCGCGCAUCGGCCGCCGCUGGGACAACGCGCAGCACUACGCCCGGUGGCUGCGCGAGCUGGGCUUCGUCGACGUCAGGGAGCACGAGGAGGCCAUACCGCUGAGUCCGUGGGCCAAGAGCAGACGCCUCAAGUAUCUUUCUCUGUGGCUGCAGCACGACAUGGUCAGCGGGCUCGAGGGCAUGAGCAUGGCUCUCUUCACUCGCGUCCUCGGCUGGGAGGGAGCCAAGGUAAAAGAGUUCGUGGAGGAGGUCAAGAAGGAUAUCUGCAACCCAAGUAUCCACGCUUACGGCGCCGGUGUUCUGGUUUGGGGCAGAAAGCCUCUCGAGGGCGAGGUCAUGACAGAGCCAAAGCAUUCGGCAGAAUCAUCCGGUUGA